AUGGCUAUGCAACCACAUAGUAAGAAAAGAGUGUGUUAUUAUUAUGAUAGUGAUAUUGGAAACUAUUAUUAUGGACAAGGGCACCCGAUGAAACCGCACCGUAUACGUAUGACACAUAAUUUACUGUUAAACUACGGAUUAUACAGAAAAAUGGAGAUAUACAGACCACACAAGGCAACCGCCGAUGAAAUGACUAAGUUCCACUCAGAUGAUUACAUACGAUUCCUUCGCUCUAUCAGACCAGACAAUAUGUCAGAGUACAAUAAGCAGAUGCAAAGAUUUAAUGUUGGUGAAGAUUGUCCAGUAUUUGAUGGACUUUAUGAGUUCUGUCAGUUGUCAGCAGGAGGGUCAGUUGCUGCUGCAGUUAAGUUGAACAAACAGGCAUCUGAAAUUUGUAUCAACUGGGGUGGAGGGUUGCAUCACGCAAAAAAAUCUGAAGCAUCUGGUUUUUGCUAUGUCAAUGAUAUUGUUCUUGGCAUCUUGGAGCUGCUGAAGUACCAUCAGCGAGUAUUGUAUAUAGAUAUUGAUGUUCAUCAUGGGGAUGGGGUGGAGGAAGCAUUUUACACCACAGAUAGAGUUAUGACAGUCUCUUUCCAUAAAUAUGGAGAAUACUUCCCCGGCACUGGUGAUCUACGAGACAUCGGUGCUGGUAAGGGAAAGUACUAUGCAGUGAACAUACCCCUCCGUGAUGGAAUGGACGAUGAAUCUUAUGAGUCUAUCUUUGUACCCAUCAUAUCUAAAGUCAUGGAGACAUUCCAACCCAGUGCUGUUGUCUUGCAGUGUGGGGCGGAUUCACUUACAGGUGACAGAUUAGGUUGUUUCAACCUUACGGUGCGUGGUCACGGACGGUGUGUAGAGCUAGUCAAGAGAUUUGGUCUGCCAUUCCUCCUGGUUGGAGGUGGAGGUUAUACAAUCCGCAACGUAUCGCGUUGUUGGACGUACGAGACUUCCGUCGCACUCGGCGUGGAAAUAGCGAAUGAGCUGCCCUACAAUGACUACUUUGAAUACUUUGGCCCAGACUUUAAACUCCACAUAUCACCAAGCAACAUGUCCAACCAGAACACCACGGAGUAUCUUGACAAGAUAAAAAAUAGACUAUUCGAAAACUUACGCAUGUUGCCACACGCGCCUGGAGUACAGGUUCAAGCUAUUCCAGAGGAUGCUGUCAAUGAUGAGUCAGAGGAUGAAGAUAAGAUUGACAAAGAUGAGAGACUUCCACAGAGUGAGAAGGAUAAACGCAUAACUGGCGACGGUGAGCUAUCAGACUCGGAGGACGAGGGCGAAGGCGGUCGACGAGACAAUCGGUCAUACCGCGCUCCUCAGCGCAAGCGGCCGCGGUUAGACAAGGACAAUAACGCCAAGGAUGAUGUCAAACCUGAAGACAACAAAGAAGAUGUGAAAAACGUAUCGAACCUGGAGGAACCAAAGAAAGAGAUACCUCCCAAUGCCUGA